UACUAUUUAUUUGUUCUUAAUUUAUUUAAACAAAUUAUUAAUUACAAAAUAUAAAUUUAAAAAUAAAAUGCCCAGUGAAAUUAUUACCCUACAACUUGGACAGUGCGGAAAUCAAAUUGGUUUCGAAUUUUGGAAACGUUUGUGUCAGGAGCAUGGAAUUUCGCCUACAGGUCUUUUGGAAGAUUUCACCACUGAUGGUUUAGAUCGCAAGGAUGUGUUUUUCUAUCAAGCCGAUGAUAAUCAUUAUAUACCAAGAGCUGUGCUUUUGGAUUUGGAACCACGUGUCAUACACACGAUAAUGACUUCGACCCAUGCCAAGCUCUAUAACCCCGAAAACGUUUAUCUCUCCAAACAUGGUGGUGGAGCUGGCAACAAUUGGGCCUCCGGUUUCAGUCAAGGCGAAAAACUACAAGAGGAAGUUUUCGAUAUUAUCGAUCGAGAAGCCGACGGUAGUGAUUCUUUAGAAGGUUUUGUACUUUGUCACUCCAUAGCUGGUGGCACUGGAUCCGGUAUGGGUUCAUAUAUGUUGGAACGUCUCUCCGAUCGUUUUCCCAAAAAACUUUUACAAACCUACAGCGUAUUUCCCAAUCAAGAUGAAAUAAGUGAUGUGGUAGUACAACCCUAUAAUUCUAUUUUAACAUUGAAGAGAUUAACCAAUUGUGCAGAUUGUGUUGUGGUCUUAGAUAAUACCGCUUUGAAUCGUAUUGCUUCGGAGCGUUUGCAUAUAGAAAAUCCUACUUUUACCCAAAUUAAUACAUUGGUAUCGACCAUAAUGUCGGUUAGUACUACAACCCUGCGUUAUCCUUCAUAUAUGAAUAAUAAUUUGAUAGGAUUGACGGCACCUUUAAUACCUACACCCCAAUUACAUUUUCUAAUGACCGGUUAUACUCCUCUUACUACAGAUAGUGAUCCCAAUUUGAAUAUACGCAAAACUACGGUACUAGAUGUUAUGAGACGUUUAUUGCAACCCAAAAAUAUGAUGGUUUCAUCGGGUCCGGAUAAAGCAAAUAUUCAUUGUUAUAUUUCCAUAUUAAAUAUUAUACAGGGUGAAGUAGAUCCCACUCAAGUCCACAAAUCCCUACAACGUAUACGUGAACGCAAAUUAGCUCAAUUCAUACCCUGGGGUCCGGCCAGUAUACAAGUAGCCUUGUCCAGAAGUUCUCCAUAUAUACAAAGUAAUCAUAAAGUUUCAGGCCUAAUGAUGGCCAAUCAUACUGGUAUUAGCUCCCUAUUCAAUCGUUCUCUGGCUCAAUAUGAUAAGUUACGUAAGAGAGGUGCGUUUUUGGAUCAGUUUCGUCGUGAAGAUAUGUUUAAAGAUGAUUUAUCUGAAUUAGAUAAUUCACGAGAUGUUAUCGAUUGUUUGGCUCAAGAAUAUGAAGCGGCCACGCAGAGGAAUUAUUUGCAAUGGGUGCCAAAGAAUCGGGGGGAGUAAAGUGAAUAACGGGGAUUUUUCUAAUUAAUAUUUUUUAUACAAAAUGUAAAUUCAUCGUAAAUUUUGUAAAUAAAAGAAAAACUAU